UCUUAAGGGGCGGCGAGCGCAGGUCGGCUUUCCUCGGAGGCUGCCGCGCCGCGGAGCUGCCAGCUUCCCCCCGAGCUCGCCGCAGCCGCCCUGGCCCGCGCCCUCCGGAGACCCCGGGACGGGACCACGAUGUGGACACGUUGGCUCGCGCUGGCGCUGGUGGCGGUCGCCUGGGUCCACGCCGAGGAAGAACUAAGGAGCAAAUCCAAGAUCUGUGCCAAUGUGUUUUGUGGAGCCGGCCGGGAAUGUGCAGUCACGGAGAAGGGAGAGCCCACCUGCCUCUGCAUUGAGCAAUGCAAACCUCACAAGAGGCCUGUGUGCGGCAGCAACGGCAAGACCUACCUCAACCACUGUGAGCUGCAUCGAGACGCCUGCCUCACUGGAUCCAAAAUCCAGGUCGAUUAUGAUGGACACUGCAAAGAGAAGAAAUCCGUGAGUCCAUCUGCCAGCCCAGUCGUUUGCUAUCAGUCCAACCGCGAUGAGCUCCGGCGUCGCAUCAUCCAGUGGCUGGAAGCAGAGAUUAUUCCAGAUGGCUGGUUCUCCAAAGGCAGCAACUACAGUGAAAUCCUAGACAAGUACUUUAAGAACGUUGAUAAUGGUGACUCUCGCUUGGACUCCAGUGAAUUACUGAAAUUUGUGGAGCAGAAUGAGACUGCCAUCAACAUCACUACCUAUGCAGACCAGGAGAAUAACAAGCUGCUUAGAGGACUCUGUGUUGAUGCUCUCAUUGAACUGUCUGAUGAAAAUGCCGACUGGAAACUCAGCUUCCAAGAGUUUCUGAAGUGUCUCAACCCGACCUUCAAUCCUCCAGAGAAGAAAUGUGCCUUGGAGGAUGAGACAUAUGCAGACGGAGCAGAGACCGAGGUGGACUGUAACCGUUGCGUCUGUGCCUGUGGAAACUGGGUCUGCACAGCCAUGACCUGUGAUGGAAAGAAUCAGAAGGGGACCCAGACCCAGACAGAGGAGGAGAUGACCAGAUAUGUCCAGGAGCUCCAGAAGCACCAGGAAACAGCUGAAAAGACCAAGAAAAUGAGCACCAAAGAGAUCUAAAGAGGAGGCACCUGGGAAGGUGUCCAGAGUCUGGCACCUUCUCUUCCACUUCAGCGCUGAGUCCAAUAUAUGCAAGUGUCUGCUACAAUCGCCAAAUCACCAGUAUUUGUUUGUAUAGCAAUGAGUUUUUAUUUUGUCUAUUUGUUUUGCAAUAAAGGAAAUGGGGGCGGCCAGCUAGGAGGGGAAGGGCCAUAGCCUUCAUUUCUAGGAGUGCUUUGAGAGCAACUGUAAAUGGUGCUCAGGGGCUGGAGACAAGUAAGGAUACUGCAUCAGGGUUAGGAGAGGAGCGGACCCAGAUCUGAACCACAGUCUGCCACAGCUAUAAACAUGCUGCGGGUAGUGCAAGCAAUGCCAGAGAGAACUCUGCAGGCUGCCCCAGAGGUGGGGUUUGGGAAGCUCAGGGGAGAGGAACACAUUCUGCGUCCAGCCCUUCCUGUUGCCAUCAGCAUAAUAGACCUCCAGCAUCUGUGCUUCUCAUGGCCCCAACCACUGCUUCUAGAUAUAUCCUUCUAGUUAUCUGGUGUCCCUUAGACUUGGAGUUUCUGGGAGGGUGCACACAAAUGAUGCAGAUACUUGUAUACUUUGAGUCCCUUAGAGACCUAACCAAAUUUUUGAAAUACUUUUUACCAAAGGUGCUAUUUUUCUGUAAAAUUGUUUUUUGGCAAGUUGACUUCAUUCUUCAAUUAUUAUCAUUAUAUUAUUGUUGUUUUUUUUUUAGUAUUUUAUUUUCUUGACUAGAAAUUAAGCUUUUGUAAUUAUUUUUCAGUAGUCCUACCAUUUCAGAGAUAGGAGAGUCUGGGGUUCUUUCUGGUGCAGGGACCGCUAUAACCCAGACUCCUCCCACCUUCCAACAUAUUAGAUGCAGCCCAGAGUUUUGUCCCCCUGGCUUCCAUUGUAUCAGCAGUCUGCCAGUGGGUGCCUCAGACAGAAGCCAGGGGAAUACAAAGCGUCUCCGUCUCCGUACAAACCUUUUAAGGUCCAAAAAGCUAAUUUGUUGUUUCCAUUUAUUCUAAUAAGUUCAUGCAAAUCAGUAUUCCAAAGGAUGGAGACAAGUGCAGCCAAGCAGAGCUCGGAUAUGUGUGCCUAUUAAUAUGCUCUUUGAUCCACCACUAACUAGGAGAGUGACUUUGGCCCUGUCUCUUCCUGUUUCUGGGCCUCUGUUUUCCUCAUUGAGCAAGUAGGAGUGCAUUAACCUAUCACUUUGAUAAAUUAUAAAUUCUGUGGUUCUGAUCAUUGGUCCAGAAGAGUACAGGUUCCUAUGAUUUUCCUUCUUCUUAGGAUAAAUGAAACCUUACUGUUACAUCAAAAGGGCCAGAUGGCCAAAACCAAGAUGACCAAAUCUUACCUCAGUCUGGAUGGCUGCCUGGGCUGUGCUGCGAUGUACAGCCCUCUCGGGUAAAGUCUGUCCAGGAAGAGAAUGGAAAAGAGAACCACUCCCAACCUUGCCUUCACUUCUGUGCUCCAUCUUUAACUUUCUUGGAAACAGAAAUAGCUUUACCCUUUCAAGAUGAGGAUAAAAGAUGGUUUCACAUUUUAAGAGGAGGGAAAAAUGGAAAUUGAGUGUUCAAACUGUGACUGGGGAGAAGUCCAUCAUUCCUGUCUUUUGGACUCUGAGUAUUAACCCCACUAUUUACCAUGUUUAAGAUGCAUUUGGAACAACUAAGAUUAAAAACUGGACACAAGAUCUCAUUUUCAGGAGGCAGAUUACAGACCAUGAGGGGGAAAUUACAUAGAUUGCACUGCAUAGGUAACUCUGAGAAAGUUGUGCUCAAUGUGGAAUUCCUUCUAAACAAGUUUCCUUGUUCUCCUUCGAAAGGUGAAUGUUCCAUUUUGUUUAGAAUUCUGAGCUUUUGUAUACAUUCCAUUUAAAAGCUCUCUUCAAGCCCCACUUGUGCAUUCUGAAAUGUACCUCCCUCUCCGGUUGCCUUGGAGAACUCCCAGCAGCACACCUUGACUGAGUUUUGCCGGCCCUUGGACCCUGAGAGAGAGAGGGUGGGAAUACCAGUUUGUUUAAAGCAAGAAGUGUUUCCUCACCAGUUACAUUUAGGACAGUGGUUGCCAUCUAAGACCACCCUACCCUGCAAUAUGGAUUUCCCUAGAGCGAUCUGCAUUCUCCUGUAAGCAGGGACGCUAUUGUCUGCACCACAGAAACACACAAUCUGAUGACCAUUCAUGGAAAGCUGCUAAAUAGCCUAGUUUGGGGAGUCUUGCAUAGAGCUUUGCAUGGAGCAAAUAGGAUUAAAUCAGGUUCAGUUCCUCCAGCUCUCUACAAGCACAGAGCUUAGACUGCAAGCUUCCUUGGGCUUUCUCAGUGUGUAUAUGAUUUUACUAACAUAUUAUAGCGCCUGUUAGGAUUCAGUGUUCAUGGAAACCUCACAUGCCAUGACUCUGGACUCCCAUCACUGUUUUUGGAAAGCAGGGCUCCUCCACCUGCUAGUAAGCCCAUGUGGACAAAUCUGAAUGUCUUUCCUUUACACUUGUCUUUAAAUAAUCAAAUUUCAAGAAGCAAUUUGAACAUGUUUCUGUUGCCUAUGUGUUUGUGAAAUGUAUUUGUAUUAGUAGGCUUCCAUAUUGCAUUUAACUUGUUUUUGUAACUCCUGAUUCUUUUCUUUCUCCCCCCUCCCCCUUUUUUGGAUACUAUUGAUAAAUAAAGAAAUUAAAAUA